AUGACCAUCGAAAAGAAUAAAUUACAACUUCCAACUAUAAAAGAUUUUCUUUUUCUUAAAACAAUAAGUCGAGGUGGUUAUGGACGAGUUUAUUUAGCUACAAAGAAAAAUGAUGAAAAUAAAACUAAAUAUGCUAUUAAAGUUAUUAAUAAACAUGAUAUACGAAAGAAAAAUUUAAUUGAUCAAAUUCUUAAUGAACGUGAUGCAUUAGCUACAAUGCAUAGUCAAUUUGUUGUUCGUCUUUAUUAUUCAUUACAAACAAAAGAUGAAAUAUAUUUAGUUAUGGAAUAUAUGAUUGGUGGUGAUUUAAUGUCAUUUUUAUGUAUUAAACAAGUACUUGAACGACAUGAAGCACAAUUUUAUGCUGCUGAAAUUGCACUUGCACUUGAUUAUUUACAUCGAAAAGGUGUUAUUCAUAGGGAUUUAAAACCAGAUAAUGUUUUAAUAUCAGCAACUGGACAUAUUAAAUUAACUGAUUUUGGACUAUCGGAAAUUCGAAAUAGACGAAAAGUUUCAGUUGCCGAUGUUAUUGGUACACCAUCUGUAUGUAAAGUACGUGUAUUUCGUACACCUGGUCAAAUUAUUUCAUUAACAUCAGACUUUAGUUUUUCAUCAAGUGAAUCAGAUUCAGAUCAUUUACAUAUUUCAACAUCAACACAUAGUAAUCCAGCUAGUGUUAUAUCAAAUGAAAAUAUUCCAAUAAAUAAUAGUUUUCAUCGUUCAUUUUCAUCAUCACGUCUUAUUGAUUGUAGUUUACGUGUUUAUCGACAACCAUUACCUUUAUCUAUACCUGAAAAUGAACCACUAUCAUUUGGACAUGAUGAUAUUGAUGAACAUGAUGAUGCAAGUACAAGUAAUAUAUCCGAUUUUUUAUUUUGUAGUCCUAAAGGACGAUCAUCAACAGCAUUACAAACUAUUAAACAACAACCACGUAUUUAUCCUAAAACAAUAUCAAGAUUACUUGCAUCAUCACCAGCUCAUCAAAAUCAAUUUCGUUUAUUUCGUGGAAUGGGUCAAAUAUUAAAUACAGCAACAACAAGUAAUCUUGCUGUUCCAACAUCAGCUUCACCAUGUUUAUCACCAAUUCGUUAUUCACUUGAUAUAUCAUCAAUUAAUCAAAUUCAAUCAACUCAUAUUGAUGAUGAACCAAUAGAACCAACACAACCAUCAAAUCAUCGUUCAUUACCAAUGGAUGAUUGUUCAAUAAAGUCGGUAUGUCUAGCUCAACAUGUCUCAAGUGGUCGAAUAUUAACUGAUGUAACUAAUAAUACGUCAGUUCGAAGUAGUUUUCUCAAAUCACCAAUACAUCCAACUGCUUCAGGACCUGUUUUGGGUACACCAGAUUAUCUUAGUCCAGAAAUAUUAAUGCAAGAUGAAAAUCAUACACCGGCUGUUGAUUUUUGGGCACUUGGAGUAUGUCUUUUUCAAUUUCUUGUUGGUGUAACACCAUUUUCUGAUGAUUGUCCACGUGCAAUUAUAUCGAAUAUUUUAAAUUAUCGAAUUUCAUGGCCAGAUGAUGAUGAAAAUCCAUUAGAUGAUGAUGCAAUUAAUGUUAUUAAAGGUUUACUUAAUUAUGAUCCUAGUUUACGACUUCAAUUAGAUGAUCUUAAAAAAGAACCUUUUUUUAAUCAAAUUGAUUGGGAAAAUCUAGCGAAUACAGCUGCACCAUUUAUUCCAGUACCUGAUAAUGAUUCAGAUACAUUCUAUUUUGAAGCUCGAAAUCGAGCAAUCGGUUUUGAUGAAGAAUCAGUUGAUUAUUUAUCAAUGUUGUAA